AUGGGAGACCCGCAACUAAGUGGAAACACACUAUAUGAAGACAUACCUAUAGUAUUAAAAGGACUUGAGUACAAGCUGGAAUAUGUACUGGCAGCGAACACCAUACUUGACUUGUCAAGUAACAAUCCCAGUGGUCAGAUACCAGAAAGCAUAGGGAAUUUGAGCAGUCUGAGAUUAUUAAAUCUAUCUGGAAACCAAUUGGAAGGUGACAUACCAGCUUCUCUUGGGCGGAUAUGGACUCUGGAGCAGUUGGACUUGUCUAAAAAUAAGAUGAGAGGACACAUUCCUAAGGAGAUCUCUUUAUUGUCCCUUUUAGCCUACUUGAAUCUAUCAUCUAACAGGCUCUGUGGACAGAUAUCUAAAGGAAUGCAGUUAGAGACAUUCACUGCCAGGUCAUUCCAGAAUAAUCUUCCAUGUUUAUGUGGGGGCCCUCUACAGAGUUGCAGCACAAAAAACCAAACAGGCAUGGGCGCAUUACCCUCGCCUUCAGAAGGUAAAGAAACAUCAAUAUGGAGUAGGAUUGAUGAAAAAGUGUCCAUUGUUGCUGUUGGGUUGGGUUGGGCUUCGGGAUUGCAUUUGGUGGAGCAAUGUCAGUGA